CCGCGAACCUUCUCCACAACCGCGCAGCGUCCGCUAAUGGACCUGACCGGGUUCUCCGAAGAGCAGUUGACAGUCCGCGACGCCAUAUCAGGCAUUUGUUCCCGCUUCCCCAACACCUACUGGCAAGAGCGCGACCAGAAUGAGCUCGAUCCGAAGGAAUUCCACGCCGCGCUGGCCAAAGAUGGCUGGUUGGGCAUUGCCCUGCCGGAGGAGCUAGGCGGGGCCGGCCUUGGCAUCUCGGAAGCAACAAUGAUGAUGCAGACAAUCACACAGUCCGGCGCCGGCAUGCAAGGCGCGCAGUCCAUCCACGCCAACGUCUACGCGACGCAGCCGCUCGCGCGCUUCGGCUCCAAGGCCCAAGUAGAGGAGACCAUCCCCAACAUCAUUAACGGCACGUGGCGGACGUGUUUUGGCGUCACGGAGCCGAACACUGGUCUCGAGACGCUGAAGCUGAAAACGUUGGCGAGCAAGACCCCCGACGGGUACUCCAUCACGGGGCAGAAGAUCUGGAUCACGUGCGCGCAGGUCGCGUCGCGGAUGAUCCUGCUGGCGCGGACGACGCCACUGGAAGAAGUGCAGAAGCCGACGCAGGGGCUGUCGAUGUUCUGCAUUCCCCUCGAGCGCGCGGAGAACAACGGGCUCGAUAUGCGGAAGAUUAAGAAGAUGGGAGGGCGCGGUGUUGACGCUAACGAAGUUUUCUUCGAGAACUAUCCCGUCGCGGCGGAUACGCUCAUCGGCAAUGAGAACGACGGCUUCCGAAUUAUCCUGCACGGCAUGAACGCCGAGCGGUGUCUGCUUGCUGGUGAGGCGCUCGGUCUUGGCUAUGCUGCUCUGGAGCGCGCCGCCCAGUACGCCAACGAUCGGGUCGUCUUUGGUCGCUCGAUAGGCCAGAACCAGGGCAUUGCGCAUCCGCUGGCGGAUGCCUAUAUGAAGCUCGAGGCGGCCAAGCUGGCGACUUACCAUGCGGCGCGUCUGUACGAUGCGUCCCAGACGGACGAGUCGAUCCCGUUCCAGUCGAUCGGUGUGGCUGCGAACAGUGCCAAGUACCUUGCGGCCGAGGCGGCGUUUACGGCGUGCGAGCGGGCGGUCCUGACGCACGGCGGGAUGGGAUAUGCCAUGGAGUACGAUGUGGAACGGUACCUGCGGGAGUGUCUGGUGCCGCGGAUUGCGCCCGUGAGUCGGGAGAUGAUUUUGAAUUUCAUCAGCGAGAAGGUGUUGCAGCUGCCGCGGAGUUAUUAA